AUGUCUAACGUAACCGUUGCCGACAACGCCUGGACCUCUGUGGUAAACGUCUUCGGGGAUGUCGUAUUCGUCGACAUCCAAAACACCAUCUCCUUAGACAAUACUUACUGCUUCAAUCUCAACUUAGAUUCUCCCGGCCCCAAGAAAAUAGUUUUUCGCAUCCGGCAGCAAACCAAUAAUCACGACUCGGGUUCAGAUGACUCGGUCACCGAGUAUGAAUCCGAUGAAGAGGAGAACGGCGGUAACGGGGAUGACGCGGAGAUGAAGACGGAAGAUGCGGAGGUCGGUAUAAAUGAGGUUAAGGUUGAAGAUGAGGAUCUCGACGCAGUGAUCAGUCCAGACUUUGAGCCUGUAGUCGCAUCCCCUUGCAGCCUUCUCACCAGGCGUAUUGGAAACCCCAAUCCGGAUCCCGAGAAUCCCACUGCGCCAUGGAGUUACUACAUCAAGAAAAGGACCGAGGUACAGGAGGACCAGGAGGAGAUGUCAGUAGAAGAUCCAGCGGCCUCCUUGUAA